UGGUGUAUGAUCUCCCUGUAAAGCGCUUUGGCCAGUGCAUAAAAGCGCUAUAUAAAUACAGUCCAUUUACCAUUUCUCGUCCUCAGAACUUGUAACAUGUCGUGAUGCUCGGUGUGCAGAUGAUGAUGGAAAUUUAGGUGGGGGUGGGGAGGCAGCAGCACCUUACCUGUAGAGCGGAGGCAGAAAUGUGUGUGUAUGUGUAGAAAGUGGGGUUCAGCCUGGUCUUUUGUAACCAGUGCUGUUGUCUAACACUGUAUUUCAUAUCGAUUUGGAAGGUUUUUUUCAUUUAUUAUUUUUAAAUUAACUUAUGGGUAAUGUCAGUAGAGUUGUCCAUUAUGAAACAUUUUAUGUAUGAUUACAUUGAUUGUUUGAUUGUAAAUUUAAAAUAAAUUAUAUAAAGAUUACAUUUAGUUUUAAAUUAGAAGGGAAAAAGAUUAAAGUUGCACAGGGCACACCUUGUGAAUCUAUUUAUAGUCAUUUUUUCUUCUCUCUCACUAUUUCUUCUACUCUGAGACGGAUAUCUGAAGGUUUCCAGCUGCAGUACCACAUCAGGAGCCUUUAACCAUGCAAAUCUAGAUCUGCUAAUUAAAUGUCUGCAGCUAUGAUGGAUAAAAAAAUGUUUGACCUGAGGGUGGCACCAAAUGUAAGGCAUCUUAACCAUAAUAUGGCCAAAGUAUUAAUUUGCUCACUCAUUUUCUCCACUAUUUACAUUUGGAGAAUGGGAUUUUAUAAUGAAAAAAAAACAUCAUUCUUGGUCUUGUAUCAAUCUGAGUAACAACCGCAAUCAGUCUUAAAACUACAGUUCCUGUAAACGUGCAAAACAAAACAGCAGAUGUAAACGGAUAUAACAGUGAAUGCGCACAUAGAUUUAGUGCAUAAAGGACAAUUAAUUCCAUUUUGAAAACAUGCACAGUUUUGACAGGUUAUUUUACAGGGUGUUUUCACAUGAAACAAGAGGCUCACACCAAUUUUCACCUCUGUCUACAGCUUAGCCUGUGGUGGAACCUGUGGAUGAGCAUCACGAGCACCUACUAAUACAGAACUCCACACACAUCAGUGGGCAGAACAGUCCUCCCUUCUGCAUCAUGGAAGACUUAAGGGACCUGGAAUGGACAGUCCCAUCAUCUCUGCAGACAAAUAUAUGGGUACAGAUGUUGACCAUUUUCACAGGUUCGUUCUUUUCAUUUCAUACAACCCUCUCCUGAAAAAUAUGCCUUACUGUAGUAUGUGUGGGUUAAAGUCAAUGUUCAAAUGUUAUCUAAUCCAUAAAAUAUUUCUUUUCAAAGUUUAUAAUGUCCUCCUUUUGUUAACACUGCCAUGGUGAAUUUUUUGCUUUCAAUCUGAGUGGUGUUGUAUAGUAUUUUAGGAAAUAAAAUCUGAAAAGUCUGUAAUGUUGCAUUAAAAUGACAUUUCACAUAUAAAACAUAGUAAUGAUUAAUAAUUGUUAAAAGUUUGAUAUUAGAGAUUGUAACACAAGAAUUGUGUUGUUAGACUGAGACACGGGGUGGUGGCGGCGCUAAUGAGCCACUUCAUUGUUUGUCAACCGAAAAAAAAUGAAGAAGAAGGACUCACGUGACCAGCAAUCUGCUCCAUAUACAUGCUGAACAUUCAAUUUCCGCUUUGCUCAGGGAAAGGGACUAACGUGUCUGGAGGACAUCUGGGGUGGGGAACUUAACAGAAACAGCCACAAUACGACGUCUGGGGGCUGUUCAGCAGAAGAUACCGUGUGUUUUUCUGACCGAGAUGAAAGAAGAACAAUCGAAGAAACGAGACGGCCAGAAAGUCCAGGUUGCUGCUACUGAAAGUGUGGACCCUGCUGCUCUGGAAGCUGAUAUUGGCCAUGCACUGGCUACAGAAAAACUAGAUGGCACCUGCUGUUAUGUCACUGUUUAUAAAGGCUUCAUAUGGAACGUAGAGGAAGACUUUAAGAUGGUGCCAGAGACGUGGAUCCCAGCUCACAGAGUCCAACAUCAUGACGGCCACCCGGUGCCUGAAGAGCACGGACACAUUCCAGUUCCCAUGUGCAGUGGACCCCAGAACGUAGAAGCAACCCCAGAAGAAAGCCAAAUUUGCCAGCACCAUGAAGAUAAACGAGAACACUCUACUGGAGAGACACAAAGUUGGGUUGGUUCCUUACAAUGUGAACCACGUGCCCAGGUGUCAUGAACGGAUGAAGCGUCCUGAGCUGUAGCAUCUGACCGCCUCAGAGCCACCGAACCUGGAACAGGAGUAUGACAUGAAGGGGAGCUGGAGGGAAGAUGAUGACAUGCAUGUUCAAGAGUGAGUGGGGACAAUGGACCUGAGAGUGUGGAUGUUGGAGGGAAGUUUCAGGGAGAAGUGUCCCCAACCAAAGAACAUCUUAAACCCUGCCUCCAAUCCAAGAUGAUCUUGACACUGAGGGAUGGAACAAGCCUUCACAGGAAGACUCAGUUGUGCCAACCCUCAUGAGGACAUUGAGGGGGCCCAUUUUUCCAGCUGUGGAUCAUGGAGUACAGUGAAGAACUAAGAGACCUGAUAUCUUAGAUGUUAAAAGCAGAACCGGACAUGGAUGAAAAACAAUAAAGCUGUUACUUUAAAUCUUUUUGCCUUUGUUUCUCUGUAGUUGAUUUCACAGGAAUUUUUUUUCCCAUUAUCACUGGUACUUGUAGUUGAUUUCACUGUAAAUGUUUUUCUUUUUAUAGUUGUCACUGGAAUCCGUAGGUUCCACCAAAGAUUUUUCCUGUUUUAUUUAAAUAGUUUUCAGGGAAAUACUCGCAUGAAAAAAAAAAAAAUCUAAGGCUAAGUCUGACAAGCCUUCAGAUUUAUAACGGAUUCAUUACAAUUUAUAUCAAAGUUGCUCAAACACUUUUGAAAUGAGUUUGUCAGGAAAAAAAGAGCUGAGAAAUCAUAGUCUGACCUGAACUUGUCAGUGCUAGUAUAGUUCUCUCUCUCUCUCUGUUGUACAACUCUGGAUGAUUGGCCAUGGAUUGAAUGAUUGCCUAUGGUUAAGGAUGCAUAUACUCUUAUAAUAAUUAAAACUCUUCCAGAAUCAAAUGUCUUAAAGAAGCAAAAGUAGAUGUACCUUCUGGUGUUUGUAGUAACUCAACAUAUUUUAUGUAGCAGAAACGUAUCAUACAUUUUAAAAACUAAUAUUGAUGAAUAAAAUACACAUCUGACCAAACUUUGGAAAUCAUAUCACAGCACUUCCAUUUUAUUCCACUACAAAAAGGAGGCAUCUCAAAAGCACCAGUGAAAGCAGAACAGGGUCCAGUUCAUCGCCGCCACAAACUGGACCUUGAGCCAAGCAGAAGUAGAGAAGAGUCCUUUUAGUCCCAGAGAAAGACAUAAUUCCACUGUCUGCUUUAACAUGCAGCAGAAAUGCAACUGUACUGUGAAGCCGCCUCUGCAGAAGCAAGAAGACGCCGACAUCAGGUCAGGAGUCAAACAAACCUAAAAGAGCACAACGGAGGAAAAGAAGCUGCUUCUCUAAACAAGUCUGAAACUGCUUAAACUACCUGAGAAAGAAAAUCACACCACAAUUGGUAAUAAUAUACUAUUGAAAAUAAUCCAAAGAAAACAAACUCUACCCAGACGUGUGUGAGAGACCCAAUAAGGAACUAUACUGUACACACAAAAGGUUUACCUGGCUUAGUUUUAUAGAAAUGCAGGAUGCCAUUCAGCCAUGAAACUGUGACCAAACCUAUUUAUUUAUUUAUUUAUUUUAAGUCCAGCAUGCAUCUCUAUGUGAGCAGAACGCUGCACAGUAACAGCAGGUCGGCUGUAACAGUAGCUGGAUGUGAAUUCUUGAGCAAAUGGAGGAAGUGGAGCUUUCAUGGUUUAAAAAAUGAAACACAUGAAGAGCAGCAUGAGGCAGAUUUCUGGAGUUCGUCUUAAAACCCAGAUCACGGUAAGAAACUAAAAACUUCUUAGACAUAAACACCUAUUUCUUUAAAUAAUAGUCAGAGCUAUGAAGAUCUCAACACAGGAAAUGUCCCUUUACAGAAGCACAUUGCAUUCACCUACAACAAAAAUAAUCGGAGGAUCUUAUCUCAUAAUCAUGAGUUAAUGCAGAGGUUGGAAAUAGAAUUACAAGAUUGGAUCCUCCAAUUUUUUUUUUUUUUCUUUGAAUGCAAUGUGCUUCGGUGCUUAAUUUUCUACUCGUUACAUUGAUAAUAAUAUUGACAACCCUCGUGUGUACAUUCAAGCAUGAAAUGUCCUAAAUGUGAAAAAAAAACCUUAGGAUUAAUUCUAAGUCCAACAGCUUACAAAGGUUUACAGAGACUGUUCUGUUCAGAAAA